UGAAAAUUAAAGUGAAAUUGAAGGAUAAGAGUCCAUAGUCCAAAACAGGAGAGAUCCAGCUCCUGCAGCACCUAACUCUCAGCUCUCCAAACACAAAGUGACGGUGAUGGGGGUUGAUGAUGGUGAUCCCUGAUGCCCCUUGAUUAUCUCUUCUAAAAAGUUUGGGUUUUUACAUCUCCUUCGCCAUUCGUCUCCGUCGAAGUUGACCGUUUCUUUUGGGUCUAAGUUUUGAGGAAAAACGAUGAUGGGAUUUGGGCCUUAUGGUGGGAACGCGCAUGGAAGUGGGGGAUCUUCAAAUUUAUCAGCUUUAGCUCCGCCUUUCACCGUCGACCGAUCUAUCAUUAAGCCUAUGGUGACUCCACUUGUUGAUUUGGCUGAACCCUUGAAUUGGCUUGACAGUAAUCCUUUCAGUCUUAAUUCACCCCAACCUAGUCAACUGCCUCAGAUGGAUUUGGAGCCGAUUCCCACGCCUUCCUAUAACCAAAAUUCGGAUCUUUUUGAACCAAAAAACUAUUAUUCUUCCUAUGUCUCACAAACCCUUCAUCCGCCCACUUUCAAUGAACACAACUUGUCUGGCCGGGACCAUACGGGUCAAUGGGGUGGUGGGUUGUGGGAUUGGGAAAAAAGGAAUCCGGCUCAGCUGGGUGGUAGUUUUUAUCCAAAGGAGGCUAAUAAUGUAGCCCCUCCCACUAUUUACACGGAUCAUAUCAGCCUUGGACCUCAUCCUUACAGUAGCCUAAACACAUGUGAAGUAACUACACAUAAUAACUAUUCUCUAGGUAGGGAAAACAAAGCUGGACUUCCUGAUAUAGAAACACUAGACUAUAAUCCUGUUCUGGGGCAAAAUUUCUCGUACAUGCCUGCGGAUUACUUGAAGCAAUCGGUUAUUGGGCCCAAUUCUGUACCUUCUGAAUCCAAUUUGCAGGUACCUCCCUUGAAUCUUGUAAAUGGAAAGAACAUUCAAGUGCCUUUAAGCAGUCCCUAUGAGAAACCAGUGAGACAGCUCAGUAAUGCUCCUAGUGAUGUACCUGUCCUGAAAUCUUCUACUGGGAUCGUUAUCAGACCAGCAGCUGCUGAUGCCUGCCCUUCAGUGUCCCAUACUGUUCCAUUCAAAAAUUUUGACACUGGCAUCAAUAGAAAUGAUACAAUUUUGACUGGACACAAUCUCCCCUGUGUGAAUGAAUAUCAUUAUUUGUUAAACUUUGGAAGCAAAAAUGACUCUGACCCCAGUCAACCCAGCUCUCACCUUGAUGAAAAUAGUUAUUUGUCUGGGGAGUUAUCAGCAUCAAGGUCUGAAAAGCUUUCAACCUCAAAUAUGGCCUCUAAGGAUGCUUCUGAUCUUUUGUUCAGAGCAAAACCUAGAGAUGCUUCUCAUGUUACUCCAAACAAUUUCAGUUUGGCACUUGAUGAUACUGAACCACUCACUGCUGUGGAGAAUUCUUUAGAAAGUUCAGAUCAUUUCAACCCUCAUGUUGACUCACCUUGUUGGAAAGGAGCUCCUUAUUCUCAUAUUUCCCCGUUUGGAUCUUCUGAGCCUGUUUCUGUGCAGCCUGUAAAUAAGCUUGAAGCAUGGGAUGAUUCAACUGGUCAAGCACUUAAUUUUAUCCCUACGAAUGCUGCUAACACGGUUGAACUUCCUUCUGGGAAACAAAAUAAAAUUGCAACGACUGUUGAACACAGGAAUAUGGAACAUGAUUCAGUCUCUUCUUUGACAUUUCCCCCUGUCUCUAUAACGUUGUUUAGAGAACAUUCUGAUGAUGUGGGGAAAACAGGAUCCUAUCAGAAAAAAAAAGGUUCUGCAUGUGGGACCAAAUUCUCGGAAGAUGCAAGUGAACAGAAGAAAGAUUUUGUGUUAUUCAACAUGUCAGUGGAUAUGAUUGAGAGAGCAUCUUGCAACAUUCAACAAAGUCUUGCAGAAGGUAGAUUGGCUUCUAAAAAUGUUCCCACAUCUGAGACUGGUGUUGCUUAUCAUGAGAGGACAAAUGAUGUCUCUGGCUGUGGUUCAUCUCAUAUGUCUUCCCAUGCUGUGAAAGAUCUCUCGUGUUUCCCAUCUUAUGUAGAAGAUAUUUCUACCAAACAUUCUAAAUGCUUGGGCCAAGAACUGGUUUCAAAUAGCAGCAUCAGUGUUCUAUUAUCUACAAUGCAAAACCUGUCAGAACUGCUUCUUUAUCAAUGCUCAAACGAGACAUGCGAAUUACAGGAAAAAGAUCUCAGGUCCCUUGAAAAAAUAGUCAACAAUCUUGAUACAUGCGUGCCAAAAAAUACUGGAGAAAAGUCAUUUUUUAGUGACCUUGAUGAGGGCACAAGUAAGGGAUGGCCCCAGAUGGCAGCUAUUGAUGUUCCGAGUCAUCAUGUACAAGAGAAAGGGAAGCAUUCUGGUAAUGGAGAUGUGAAAUGUCCUGAAUUUAUUUCUGCUGAGAGUGGCACAGACGAAAAAGUAAAAAAUGAUAAGAUGACCCAGGCUAUAAAGAAGAUUCUUAUAGACAAUUUUCAUGAAAAUGAAGAGGCAAAUCCACAAGUUCACUUGUAUAAGAAUCUUUGGCUAGAGGCAGAAGCUUCUUUGUGUUCCGUCAAUUACAUGGCUCGUUUUUAUAACAUGAAGGUUGAAUUAGGAAAAUGCAAACUGGAUCCCGGAGAAGAUAUGUCAAAAAAGUCGGCAGAUGAUGACAAAAUAUCAGGAUCUAAAGUUCCAGUUGACGGAAACACAAAUAAAUUAGCUGCAGUAGCUGAGAGUGGAUCAAUCCCUGCUGUUUCUAAUCAAAAUUCUCCCAUCAAAAACUCAAGCAACCAUGCUGAUGUUGUAACUGCCAAAUUUUCUGAUGAAGUGAAUGCCAAUGCGAAAUUAACAUCAGUAACUGAGAGUGGACCGAUACUUGCAAUUUCUAAUCAAAAUUCUCAUAUCAAAAACUCCAGCAAUGGAAACAGCGCUGAUGAUGUAGCAGCCAGAUUUCAAGUACUAAGGCAGCGGCUUAACAAUUCAAAUUCUGUUCAUACCAGAGAUGUAGAUGAACUCACUAGCUCCAAGCUUUCUUUGGAUUUGGACAAGGUUGAUGAAUUUGCACCUGAAGUAAAGGAUAGCUCAACCUCAGGCAUACAAUCUCCGGACUCCCUUGUAACGGGAAAGGCCUGCCACACAAAUGAUAUUGAAGCCUCUGUCAUGGCUAGGUUUCAGAUUCUGAAAAGUCGAGACAUUGAUGACUCGGAUUCUAAUGAGAUGAAAAGGAAACUUCUGCCGAAGGUUGUCGAUCUUGGAUUUGCAGGUAAGAGAAGGCAAAUAUCAAUUGAUGAAGACACAGUGGUGGAUGGAAUUUCAGGUGUAAAUCCGAAACCAGUUUUUCCAAACCAAGGAGCCAACCAUGACGGUGAACAGGUAGUCACGAAGUAUUUUCAUCCAUCCAUCCAGCAUGAUUCCGCGGUACAAUCUCCUGGGAGCACCAGGCUUGGAACUCAAGUCUCUGACAACAGUUCUUCGGACUGGGAACAUGUAUUGAAGGAGGAACUUUCAGGACAGAAUAAUUGAAUUAUAUUUGGUCCAGGUUUGUUAUUUUAUGGUGAAUUUUAUCUUAGUUUACCCUUAAAACAUUUAUAUAGUGUGUGGAAGACCAACUGUGAGUUGCUCAGACAUGACUGCUCUAAACCAUUUAGAAAGCUGUUAAAAACUUAUUUUGAAUAAACCGCUUGUCUCUCUCUUGUUUGAUA